AUGCGACGCCUUCAUGAUUCUCCAUCGACUGCUGCACCACUAGCUGCUACGGAGGCUCCUGAACCCUUGAGGGUAAUGAACUACGAUGAACUAGUUGUUGGUAACACUUUCAAAACCAAGUAUAAUCUGAGACUUGUACUAGCAAUAGCCAAGAUAAAAAGAAACUUUGAGUACAAGGUUGAGAAAUCCGACAACAAAUAUUUCAUUGCCAAAUGUGCAGACUCGACAUGCAAGUGGAGAUUAUGGGCAGUUGUCUUAGAUUCUUUUAGUUGGUGGAAAAUUACACGCAUGAAUGAUGAGCACACCUGUAUUGAGAACAAAAGGACUGACCCCAACUUAAGAACCAAGGCGGUUGCAGAUGGAAUCGCACAUCUUUUUAAGCAUAAAUUCAACCAAUGUGAUAGUGUGUAUACACCCCAACAACUGAUCAAAGACAUUAAAACAAAUUACGGUGUGGUUAUCAAUUACCGGCAGGCAUAUAGUGGUUGUAAGCGCGGCAUAGAGCUGAUAAGGGGUUCCCCUGAUGAAUCAUAUCAGUACCUGGUGAAUUAUAGUUACAUGUUGCAACUUAACGAGGGAACUGUUACAGAAAUUAAAACUGAUGAAAAUGAUCACUUUCUAUAUUACUUCUUUGCUUUUGGAGUAAGUUCGCGAGGAUUCAAAGGUUGUUGCAGACCUGCCUUUUCUGUUGAUGCUAAUGAACAAUACCCUUUGGCGUUUGACAGGAAAGAGUCGAUCCCUAGAGGCAUACUGUUGGCGUUUCCAGAUGCUAAUCAUGUUUUCUGCAUCCACCAUAUAUCAGAAAAUAUCAAAAAAAGAUACCACAACAACGGGGCGGCUGUGGCAUUUAUAAGAGCUGCCAAAGCAUUCAACAAUGAUGACUAUGAAAAGGCUAUGAGAGACCUAGGUCUAGCGAGCAAGGCUGCUUUACAGUAUGUACGCAACAUUGGACCAGAAAAGUGGGCUAGGGUGCAUGCUACAACUGCUCGUUUUACUCUUAUGACUACGAAUACAUGCGAGACUUUCAAUUCAGUAAUCAAAGACGUUAAAGGUCUGCCCAUAUGCCAUUUGGUGGAUUAUAUCCGAAGUUGGCUCAUGAAAUGGUUUAACAAACACCGAGAAGAAGCUCUUUACUGGCCACUUUACUUGACUAGACAUGCCCAUGCAAUAAUUCAAGAUCGGUGGCAUCUUGCUAACAAAUUUGUAGCUACCCAUGUCCGUGGAGAGCAAUACGAAGUGGAGGAGGGGGAGAAUCUGGAUCAACACUCAGUCUAUAUAGAGCAAAAGUCUUGCACCUGUAAAGUGUUGAACUAUCAACAUUUGCCCUGUGCACACAUCCUUGCAGUGUGCCAGACAUAUAUGAUGAAGACAAAUGAUUUUUGUGGGGCUCACUACACGACUGCUGCAUGGAGAGCAAUGUAUGAACAGCCUAUCUUCCCGGUGCUGAGCUCAGAUACUUGGAAUGUCCCACAGGUGGUGGCGGAGGAGUAG